AUGCGGGCGCAUGUCAAUCACCGUGCUCUCAUGUGAUGGCUUUUGCCGGUGACGUGCCAGCCAUAUGGGCGCUGGCAUCACAGCCUUAGCUGGUAUGUAACCCCGUCCCCGGUAGCUCACGGUUGCCACACGCGCACUCACACUCACACACACACCACACACACACACAUGCAUACAUGCUCUCUUACUCACUCGCAUACACACAGACACGCCAAGACGCACGUUUCGUUCACAAGCUCCGGUUAUUCGAGUGCGCGCGCUGGGAGAGAAGCACCCCUAAACAACCCAUCAGCUCCAGUGAAAGAAAGCCGCUCGCUGCCUGCACCUCUAUACUGACAGGGAGCGUUGGUUCGCUCACUCGUGCAGGUCCCUGAAGAUGGUCUGAAACUCAAGCGCGUGUUUUUCCUCCCAUCCCCUGUGAAGAGCUCCAGUCGAGAGCCACAAUGUUGACGAGGCUUUUCAGUGACCCCUCACUGCUUCCCGACGUGCAGAAAUACUCCGGCUGGGCGGACAGCGACGACGAGCAAUCCAAGAUCAAAGAUGAGGACCAGGACACCCAGGACGAAAUGGAAGGAUCUGAUAUGAGAGGAGACAGCCGGACGCAGUCCGAGCACGCCGGUGAAGACGACGAGGACGACGGGGUGGAGGAAGAGGACGACGGAGAGGAUACAGAGGGGGAUAGGCCCAAGAAAAGGGGCCCCAAGAAGCGCAAAAUGACCCAGGCUCGGAUCGAGCGCUCCAGGAUGCGGCGGGUGAAGGCCAACGCACGGGAGCGGACCCGCAUGCAUGACCUGAACUCUGCGCUCGACAAUCUGCGUAAAGUGGUGCCCUGCUACUCCAAAACGCAAAAACUGUCCAAAAUCGAGACUCUGCGGUUGGCCAAAAACUAUAUCUGGGCCCUGUCGGAGAUAUUGCGCUCUGGAAAAAGGCCCGACGUUGUGUCCUAUGUCCAGACGCUGUGUAAGGGACUCUCCCAGCCCACGACCAACCUGGUGGCGGGAUGCCUGCAGCUAAAUUCCCGUAACUUCCUAACGGAACAGCAGUGUCAGGACGGGGGGAGGUACGGGUCCAGCUCAUUCUCCAUGCAUUCCUACCCCUACCAGUGCGCGCGUCUCUCCAGCCCCCACUGCCAGCCAGGCUCGAACUCGCUUCCACUGAGGACACACAGCUACUGCUCGGCUUACGACUCUCUGUAUGGUGGGAGCGGAUCCCCGGAGUAUAACAGCCCCGAGUAUGAGGGGCCUCUCAGCCCGCCUCUGUGCAUCAAUGGCAAUUUUUCCCUGAAGCACCAAGGCUCUGCCUCCCCCGAAAACGAGAAGGGGUACCACUACUCUAUGCAUUACUCCGGCCUGCCUGGCUCAAGACCCACCGGGUCCCACAACCUGGUGUUUGGCUCCUCGGGAGCCCGGAGCGGCAUUCACUCUGAAAACGUCCUGCCUUACCACGACAUGCACUUACACCACGAACGAGCCCCUGUGUAUGAUGAACUGAACGCGUUUUUUCACAAUUAAAAUCAGAAACCUAUCAUGCGUCCCCUUGCAAUCAACAAUCUAUCCACAGCACACUUUUUGACAAGCGUAUGCCCGCCAGGAUUUAGGUAUUCUGAAGAGAUGUUUCACUUGUUGUCAUUGGUGUUUCCCUUUAAUUUAUUCAGUCUUACAUUUUUUGUUGUGCUAUGGUCAGGGAUGUAGUGGAGGGUAAUCCACCUAACCCACAAUAUUAUUUUGCGCAACAAGAUUUAUCCAGCUUUUUUAGGCUGAAAUAAAUCUCUGAAAGGAAAAUUGACGAACAAAUCAUAUCAAGACCUGUUAUGAUAAGGCAAUUUCAAAAUAGCUAUCAAUGUUUUAAAAGUGUGAUUUGUGUUUGUAUCGGUAGCUGUUUGCAUUUUGAUGACUGAAAGUCUAAAGUUUACCCCGUUUUUACCACUACAUCACUGGCUACAGCUACACCUUGACAACGGCGGUGAUUUUCAAAUUUAGAUAGGCUAUAUGAACGAACGAGCUAAUUAAAAUCACAAUUACUCGCCUGUAUGUGCCAGCUUUGGGAGAUUGUGUUUUUUGGAAACGAUAAAAUCUAAAGAAAUGCAGAGGGAAAUGCUGAACUGAAAAAAUGUUGGGUUGUUCAAAUCAGUAGUUCCGCAUCUAUGCAAAAUCCAAGGAGACCACAGAGCGAGGCAUCAAGGCCUAAAAAGACUAUAUGUUUCAUCAGCACUGUAUCUGCACGCACGGGUGCGCGCAGAUACACACACACACACACACACAUUGGAAUUAACACCCAACGAAUCUGACGGUGGCUGAGCUGGCCAAAAUGGUUUAACUUAAAAAAAAAAAUUAAAAUACUAUUAAAUCAGACAUUUUUCUCAUUUUCUUUUUUUACUCUUAUUUAUUCAUCUGAUCCAUAUUUUUCUAAUUGAGCUAUUGCACAGUAUUUUGAUUUGAUUGACAUUUUGGUUCAAUAUUUUCAUUUUGAUUCGUAAUGCUAUGUUGAAUAGGUUUCUAUUAUUACUAUUAUUGCACGUAUUUAUUGUGUUGUUUUUUGUAAUUAAUGUUACUAGUCUAUGGAAAUGAAGGGAUCCCAUGUGUUGCUGAGCAUUUCUUUCAUAAAAUUCAAGUCUUUCAACUUUGUAUUCAACCAACUGUGUGGUAAAAUAAAAUGA